CGUGUUUCUUAGGGACACAUUAAAAUGAUACACAGUGAAACACAUUUUCGGUGCUGCUGAGAGGUAACAGAAGCUCACUUACAAAACGAGAUGUGAAAGACAAUUUGAAGGCAAAGUGCAUUGUGCAGGAUGACACCUGAAAAUAUUUUUAGCAAGGAUUGGUAUAAGAUUUUGGAUGCCAGCUCUUCUAGCAAUUUACAAGAAUUAAAACAACAAUACCAAAAAAUGGUACUAUUGUAUCACCCAGAUAAACAGAGCCCAGAUGUACCAUCAGGGGAAGCAGAGCAGCGUGUGCAGAGAUUCAUUGAAGUCGACCAGGCAUGGAAAAUUCUAGGGAAUGAAGAAACAAAGAAGGCAUACGAUUUGCAGCGACAUGCUGCUGAACUGAAACAGAGUUGGCCAGUUGACGCAUGUAUUUCAGUUGAAGAUAUGACAUGGGAUGACGAUUUACAGUCCUAUGUGUUUGAAUGUCGGUGUGGAGGAGAGUACCAUCUUUACAACGAUGAAAUUGAAGAAAAUCUUACAGUAAUUUGCUGCAACACAUGUUCCCUUAGUAUAGAAGUUAAACAAAACAUAUGAUAUUUCUAUUAUGAUCCCUAACAGCAACUUUUAAUUUGUAUAUUUAAAAUAUAAAACAUUUAAUUUAUGUAAUGAA